UCGCAGCAUCAUUGUUUCUGUUGCAUGGGCCCUAAUGCGGCUUUCAGACGGGGCAGCUAAGGAGCUAACCUGCUAGCUCGUGGCGGCUUGAUUGUUAUAAACACAACUCCCACUUGCCGAAGUGAGUAGUGUUAUUCUGCUCGGUGUUUUAGAGCGCAAAGCUACUCGGAGCCCAAACGAAUGGUCUCCUCCUGCAUUCCUCACUAGAUUAAUUACCCUCCUUCUCCCCCCUGGCACAAAGUAAAUCAACACCAUGAGUAUUAUUCAAGACAAGUUAGGCAAUGAGUUUCUGCGCAAUGGAGGCAUGGACCCCAAUUUCGCUCCAGGUAUGCUUAUGUUCAGCCACUUACCGCCGGUCACCAGCUUCACGCGGCUGGCAUCGCAGUCGGUCAUCGGCGAGCUUCCCCAAGAGAUGAUUCUGAAAAAAGAACGAGAUUCGCCGCCGGAACACCAAGGCCCCAUCGCUGCCAGCACGGGCGGCUUCCUCCACAGCAUGGGCAUUAAGCAGGAGCGGCUGAGCGAGCUGGACUAUCGGAUGCCCCUCUAUAGCGGGGGCGGAGGAAUAGGGGUCAACUGUCCUGGAGGGGGCACGGGGAAGAGCAGCACUGACAUGCCCGACAUGUCGUUCGGCAACCAGCACCAAAAUCACCAGAACAUGCUACUGCAUGACCUUAGCCUCAGCAAUGUUCGCUCCUUGGGAGAACAGAUGCCUGGAAGACCAGGUAAAGAGCCAAAAGAGUCCUCAGGUAGAAGAGGCCGGAGGAGCAAUGGGGAUGGGCAAGGAGGCAAAGCACGGAGGAAACGCAAUGAUCCGUCAAAGGCUAUGAUGUUGGAUGGGGACGGAGCCUGCCUUUCCCCAAACUCAAAACCACAUAUCUGUGAGCACUGCAACGCUGCUUUCCGCAGCUCCUACCACUUACGUAGACAUGUGCUCAUACACACAGGUGAGAGGCCUUUCCGUUGUAGUCAAUGUAACAUGAGCUUCAUUCAGAAAUACCUUCUUCAGCGGCAUGAGAAAAUUCACAGCGGGGAAAAACCUUUCAGCUGUGACCAGUGUAACAUGCGCUUUAUCCAGAAGUACCACAUGGAGCGACACAAAAGGACACACAGCGGCGAGAAGCCUUACCGCUGCGAUACAUGCCAACAGUUUUUCUCAAGAACAGACCGGUUACUGAAGCACAAACGGACUUGUGGAGAAGCCAUAAAAAAGGGUCUAGAUCCAAGCAUGCUGGAGCUCAGUGAAGCAGAGCUAGGCCAAGGCAGCUAUUCACUCUCUCAGGGAAACUCAACCACCUCUGGACGUAAGAGGGCAAAGUCCAAAAACGGUGAAGGUGGCGAACGCAAGAAGAAAAAGAAUGCCCCAGCAGCAGCAUCGUCUGGGGCCAUGGCCCGCGACCUGGGCCUGCAGGACUUCAGCAUGGAGCACCCCUCAGGCUCUGAUCCCACCAUGCAGGGACGCACCCCCAAACUGGUCUUCAAGAAAACUGGACGCAAAGGGCUAGACAAGGGCCUCCUGUCCCUGGAAGAUGGUGCUGAUGGGCAGAAACUGUUGGGCCAGAAGCCGGACACCAUGGAUCACGUGGAUGGUUCUGCCCUUGACAACAUGACUCUACUCCAGGGACCUGGGGGCAGCAAACCCGGUCCCACCACCAGCAGCAACUACGACGAUGCAAUGCAGUUUGUCAAAAAGCGGCGCUAUCUCCACGUGGUCAACAACGACUACGGCGCCGGCUCGCUUCACAUGACGUCCCAGGGUAACAACGUGAUCCAGGGUUCCCUGGGGCCCGAACCCACUCUGGCCAUGCUGGACUCCUCGCCGCUGGAACUCAAACACGACAAAUCAGGCAUUCCAGACGAGGUGCUGCAAAGCCUGCUCGACCAUUACAGCCAUAAGCCAGAGGGAACCCACCACGAUGUGACCUUCGACCUGUCGGACCACCCGCACCACGUGGACCUCCAGCCAGCAGCGCCCGUCACCCCGGAACUGGAAGACGAUUCCCCCCACGGCGGCGACAAAACGGCGGUAAUGAGCGAGUACUCGAAGUUCCUCCUUCAGGCCUUGGAGCGCACCAGCCAUAGUGGGCCCUUCCCCAGCCUCGGCCCGACGGGUCCCUUCCCUCUUCUGUCCAGCAGCUCCAGCCCUACGGGGCCCCUGUUCUCUGACAAGCACGCGUACAGCACCUCGCCUCUGGAUUGUGGCUACCCGCCUGCGGUCUCCUCUCCUCUGCCCAUUGCCCCGCCUUCGUCGGCUUCCUCUUCGUCGUCCUCCAAGUCCCACUACGGGAUGUUAGUGGGGUCCCCCUCUCAGGCGGCCUACCACCUCACCCUGGAGUCCACCAGCCACCAACAGCUGACUCCGUCUCGGGAGCUGACCGAGCAGCUGGAGAAGCAGCACUCCCCAGGGACCUUCACCCUACCGCCCCAGGAGCUGACCGCCACAGCCGAGGGCGCCAAGGGGCCACAGUCCAAGGCCGGAGGGAGCGUGGCGGGCUCCAACGGCUCCACCUACCCCGACCUGUCCCCGCUUAACCCCCCUAAAGAAACCACGUACCAGAUCGAGAACUUCGCCCAGGCCUUCGGCUCCCAAUUCAAGUCCGGCCGGCGGACCCCUCUGAGCUACGGCAGCGACCCGGGAGCAGAGGUGGAACACAGAAUACGGACUCCGGUGUCAGAAUUCUCAGGGUAUACCAGCUUGUUAGCUGAUGUCAGUGAGCCAGUGAGUACAGGAUCAAAAACCCCGACAAGCCAAAGUUUCAGAUAAGGGUCAGACGAGGUGAAGCCUGUAAGCGGGGCCAUUUUUUGUUCUUUUUUUUGGUCGCUGUCCACCCGGCCCCCGCACUCGCUCCAAUUUAGUUCCUGUAGCAAAGUUUUUGUUUUUAUGAACACUGCCAUUAAAUGUUAAUACAAAAUGACCAGGGAGGGUCUUCUAUGGCCUCAAAAUGCAAUUUUUUAAGAUAUUCUAAUUUUUAUCAUGUAGUCGCCUAUGUUUUUGUUUAAGAGUAGUGAUUUUUGAUAUGAACGUAUCGUAGAUUUAAAUGUAAUUUAAAAAAAAAUGUUUAGAGGGUAGCUAUUAACUUGCUUGUUUUAUUUUUUUCCUCCUUUUUCUGAUCUAUUUGUGAUUUUUUUUUUUUUACCUAUCAUACCAUUGUAAAGUAAUAAAUAAUGUUGAUGAUUUCAAUAAUAAUAACAUUGUGUCAGGGAAAGGCCCAGAAUUCAAAUGGCAAAAAAAGUAUAUAUUGUCUGUUACAAGAAACAUAUAAACUCAGGAAAAUAGGCGAAAUUGUGUAAUAAGACUUUGUAUUAUGAGAUGCAAUUAGCACAGUUUUUACAGGCGUAUUUUGAGACUACAAAGCUUUUUUCUUGUCUUAUUUAGUUUUUUAUUUUGUUACUUGUCAGAACAACAAAAUUUACAAUACACGGUAAUGUUCGGUUUGUACUGCGCAUAGCUUUGUCGAGAUUAUGGUACUGUUGUCUCAAUGUGAAGACAGCCACGUCUACAUGAAUUUCUAUCAGCUGUAGCAGCCCGCUGCGUUUCACGUGGCACGCUUUUUUAAAAAGACAUUUCAACAUUACUGAGUAUUGUAGCAUCAGGUGACUCAUUUCUAUCCAGAAGUAGCUGCAGGAUGUGACGAGCCUCAGACAGUAAUCUUUUUAUCAUGCUGUUUAGUGUUUUUUUUUUUUUUUAAAACAAGUCACCACUUUUCUACUCCACUCCUUGCUGUUCCUGUUUUUGUGUCAAUGGAAUCAAACAAGCACUUUUUUAAACAAAUCAUUGGAAACAACAAUAACCCAUUCAAUUUGCAUAUGUGAUACGUGAUUAUUAUGCUAAUGGUUAUUGCUAUUUUUUAAGAGGAGAAAACUGUGAAUGGGGAGGGAGGGCGGGUUAACGGGGGGGGUCGGCCGAGUGAUUUGUAAAGGGCGGCUGUGGGCAUUUAAGCGUAUUUUUGUUGCUUUUUUUAUUUUAAAGGGUAGAACAUGGGAUGGGUGGGACUUCCUUUUUUUCUUUUUUUGAUUUUGUUUUACGGUUUUUCGGGUGUUGUUGUAAAAAGAUGAUUUGCCAUAAUGUUUGUUAUUCAAUAUUUUGAGAGUACCUCUUUGUAUUUAAGUGUUUUUGAGAGUCGGGCUGACAUGCUGGAUCCCUUAUAUCGGUAUGUUGGUUGCAUACCCAAACCCUUCUAUUUAUUUACCAAUAGCGUCACUCAAACAAACUCUGUAGCAGAUCCUUUUAGGCAAAUAAUCACGGACCUACACCAAAUCCCUCCUCUUUCUUUUUCCUUUUCUUUUCUUUUUUUUCCCCCUCGAGUCAAAAGAAACGCAGUCCAGAAACAAAGUUAAGUUCAAUCCACCUCCCCAACCCAAAAUGCAGCCCUGCACUCACAAGAAUAAACAAUGGCCUUCUUUGUCUUCCUUGGCUAAAGCCAAUCUGUCCGGCAGCCAGGGUUGAUAUUUAAUUUAGUUGAUUUCCUGUGAGCAGUCGCCCCCUCCCAUUCCCUUUCCCACGUCUGUGAGCGCCACAGCUUCACCGGAGACUUCGAAGCUGCUCAGAUCAAACGGAACAAAGACCGACUGACCAGCAACUUCACUCCAAACACACUAUGCUUUCAAAGAGACAAAAAAAAAAAACGAGUGAAUGAGAUGGAGGGGAGAGGGAAAAAAAAGACAAAAAGAUUGACCUAAAUAUACCUCAUAUCAUUAAAGCGUUAAAAAAAAAAAAAAGCAGGGACACGCGUUUUAUGUAUGUAGUGGACAUAUUUGUAGUAUAGGUUCGACAUAUUGUAUAAUCAUUUAACACUGCCUGUGUUUACAAUUUUAGAGCAAACAACUCAUCAAAAUGCAAAUGUAUUAUUUUUGUUUUCUGUAAAAAAAAAUAAUAAAAAAUACCAUCCACGCCAAGCAGUGUUGAAUUAUAGAUGCCUCAUAGAACAUUCAUUCUCCUCAUUAUAUCCCUUAUUUUUGUUACUUGCCAUAAUGUGUUUUGAUAUGAUCUCUAGAAGGAUAUUGUUUACAAAAAUGUACAAAAACACUAAAAAUCUGUUUUGUUUUUCCAGUAUGCAUGAAAACAUUUUGUAUGGAUUUAUUUCUGUCACCUCAAUACCAAAUUUUUGUAGCAGAUGCCCCGCAGUUCCUUUGUCUUAUUCGUUCUAGUCCCCUUGUGUUAUGAUUUCCCAGGCUAUACCUGUUAUUGAGAUGAACGGAUUAGAGAAGCCAAUAAAACUUUUUGUUACUAAA